CCUUCUCUCGCGAGAGGCGCGUGGCGGAGAGCCAGUAGCUGUGGAGAAGCGGAGAGCGAGACCUGGGUACCAGGUCUGCAGCACUGCAGGAAUGGCAGACUUCGGAAUCUCAGCUGGCCAGUUUGUGGCGGUGGUCUGGGAUAAGUCGUCCCAGGCAGAGGCUCUGAAAGAUCUGGUGGAUAAACUUCAGGCGUUAACUGGCAGUGAAGGCCGAGUGUCUGUGGAAAACAUCAACCAGCUGUUGCAGUCUGCCCACAAAGAGUCUAGCUUUGACGUUAUUUUAUCGGGUAUAAUUCCUGGAAGUACCACGCUGCACACUGCUGAGAUUCUGGCUGAGAUGGCCCGGAUCCUUCGGCCUGGUGGAUGUCUUUUUCUGAAAGAGCCAAUAGAGACAGCUGUAGUUAACAAUAGCAAAGUGAAGACAGCAUCUAAGUUGUGUUCGGCCCUGACUCUUUCUGGUCUUGUGGAAGUAAAAGAGCUGCAGCGGGAGUCCUUGAGCCCCAAGGAGAUACAGUCUGUCCAAGAACAUCUGGAUUACCAUAGUGACAGCUUGCUCUCUGUGCAAAUUACAGGCAAAAAACCCAACUUUGAAGUGGGUUCUUCUAGUCAACUUAAGCUUUCUACUGCCAAGAAGUUUUCUCCUUCAGUGAAGCCUGCUAUGGACCCUGCAGCUGCCAAACUCUGGACCCUCUCAGCUAAUGACAUGGAGGAUGAGAGCAUGGAUCUCAUCGAUUCAGAUGAGCUGCUGGAUCCAGAAGAUUUGAAGAAGCCAGACCCAGCUUCCCUGCGGGCCCCUGCGUGUGGAGAGGGGAAGAAGAGGAAGGCCUGUAAGAACUGCACAUGUGGCCUUGCUGAAGAACUGGAAAAGGAGAAGUCCAGGGAACAGAUGAGCUCCCAACCGAAGUCGGCUUGUGGAAACUGCUACCUGGGCGAUGCUUUCCGCUGUGCCAGCUGUCCCUACCUCGGGAUGCCAGCCUUCAAACCUGGGGAGCAAGUGCUCCUGAGCAACAGCAAUCUCAACGAUGCCUAGGAGGGACCCCGCCCGGGACACAGCUGCUCCUCCAGCCGACUCCUGUCCCUCAGCUCUCGUCUCUGCAUCUGUUCACUCUGUUGGAAACCCAUUUGCAGGGAGGGUGC